AUGUGUUUCGGAGGUCGUGGUGGUGACAAUGAGGCCGAGGCGGCCCGCUCGCGUGAGCUGGACAAGAUGAUCCGCCAGGACGAGAAGCGGAUGGCAAAGGAGGUCAAACUGCUGCUUCUUGGCGCCGGCGAGUCGGGCAAGUCGACGGUGCUCAAGCAGAUGAAGUUGAUCUACGCCCAGGGUUUCAGCAAGAACGAGAAGCUGGAGUGGAAACCGGUCGUUUUUAACAACAUUGUCCAGUCCUUCCAGCUCAUCUUCGAGGCCAUGCAGGAGCUGAACAUUGAGUUCGAGGUCAAGGAGAACGAGAAAAACAUGGCUCACAUUCUUGUCGACUACGAAGUGGGUGCUAACGAUCCCAUGCCGGAGGACUUUCUGGAGCCAAUCAAGCAAUUAUGGCAAGACGCCGGCAUCAAGGCCGCGAUGGCCAAGGGCAACGAGUUUGCCCUUCACGACAACCUGGACUACUUCUGCACCGAUCUGGAUCGCCUCUGGGACAAGAACUAUGUUCCCAACGACCAGGACCUGCUGCGCUCGCGGUUACGGACGACCGGCAUCACCGAGACGAUCUUCGACCUGGGCCAGCUCACGUACCGCAUGUUUGACGUCGGCGGCCAACGGUCGGAGCGCAAGAAGUGGAUCCACUGCUUCGAGAAUGUGAACUGCCUGCUCUUCCUGGUCGCCAUCUCGGGUUACGACCAAUGUCUGGUGGAGGACAAGGAUGGCAACCAAAUGAACGAGGCCCUGAUGCUGUGGGAGUCGAUUGCCAACUCGCACUGGUUCACCAAGUCGGCCCUCAUCCUGUUCCUGAACAAGAUGGACCUGUUCAAGGAGAAGCUGGCUAAGAGCCCGAUCACCAAGCACGGCUUCACAGACUACCACGGCCCGGCCGAUGACUGGAAGCAGGCCAGCAAGUACUUCAUGGACAAGUUCCGGGCGCUCAACCGCAACCCCGAGAAGGAGAUUUACGGCCACUUCACCAACGCCACAGACACAAACCUGCUGAAGAUUACGAUGGGAUCCGUGCAGGAUAUGAUCAUUCAACGUAACCUCAAGCAGCUGAUUCUAUAA